AAAAUAGAAGUAUAAAAAUUGCAUUAAAUCCUAUGUUCUUUCCAUUCCUUUGCCGCCGAAUCGUCUCACCACCUCUCUUUGCGGUCUCGCAGCCAUAUUGUUCCCUCGUAUCGCCGCCGUAUUGCUCCCUCUCACACAUUUGUGCAAAACGCGUUCACCGGAAAAGCUUCGACCACCACUCGCCUCUCAUCACCUUUCUCUCUCUCUCUGCUCGACCACAUCACCGGAAAAGCUAGUCGCCGCCACCACCACCACCACCACAAAAGCUUUCUCUAUCUCCGUCUCCCUUUUGUCUCUCACUCUCUCUUCUCUAUGCUACAGACAGGCUCUCUAAACUCCUCUCCUGCUCUGCGGGCACCACUGCACUUCCCGCGACCACACCAUUCCUCCGUCAACCGCCACGAAAUCUAAUCCACCAAUCAACUUCCCAUGGUUUGCUUCCAACACUGAACAUUACAGCAAGGUACUGAAUCUCAAAUCUCAAAUAUUAUAAACUCUAUUGUUUAGGUUUUGGUUUUUGUUUUAAAUAUGACUCUCAUUCUAAUUGGAGCUAUAAUUAAUAAUAUAUUUGUGUUGUAAAAUACAAAAAUCAUUCAUAGGUUUUUCCAUGGUUUUGUGUUGUUCUUCAAAAUUGGGGAUUUUUGUGAUUCUUAGUGCAUUGGUAUUGUUAGUUGCUAAUUGUUAUUCAUUCGUUGUUACUUGUUGUAUUAGUUGCUAAUUGUGAAUAAUUAUUAUUGGUAUUGGUUUCUACCGAGAAAUUGUGUUAAUGAUUUGGUCCGUCCAUGAACACAAUUAGAAUAAACAACUUUGAUUAUAUGCUAAUAGAUAUACAUACAUGUAGUUAUAGAAUAAGAAUAUGAAAUAUGCUGGAAGGAAUUGGACUCAAUGGAUGCUGCUAUUCACAACAUAGCUAUAUAUAAUGUAAAUAGGAUUUUAAUUACAUUCUAAUUUUCCUCAUAAAUUAACAAUAGCUUUAAACAAAUGGGGAAGAGCGACUUUCAUCAUGUCCAAACUUCGUUCAUUCUGCAACAAAAAAUAGCUUUUCUUCCAAACUUUCAGUUCAAUCCAAAUAAUUCCCCGUGUUCUAAAUGUACCUUGUAGACUUCAAAUCAGAAAGCAUCAAUAUCUCACUAAAAUAUCCUAUCAUAGUGCAGGGAUGUUUAUAAUGUCACAAAAAUAGCUACAGAAAAUAUCUUUUAAAUCUAACUUAUGUGGCAACACAAAUUUUAAUCAGAGGCAAUUUGUCUCUUAGCUUUCUGUGAAGCUAAAAGUCUAAAAUUAUCGAUGCUAAUGACACUAGUUCAUAUAAACCUCUUGCAAUAUCCAAAUAGUGUAGAAUUUCUAACGCCACUAAUUCUUAUAAUCACUUUUUAUUAUUCAAAUUUAAGUUGUGAUAUUCAUAUUUCAGCUUUAGCUUCUUUUCCAUUUCAUUUAGACCCAUUGGAAAACAAAUGAUUUAAAACAACUCGCAAAGAAUAAUUCUUGUAUAACUAUAAUCUUGCUUUUGCUAUGUUUUUUUUAUGACUAAUCGGAUAACUGAAUUGAACCAAAUUAUAUUUGAUUGGUUUGAAUUUUUAUUUAAUUCGUCGAACCAAACCUUAUGGACCUGUGAUGGCUCCCGUCAAUUUUGUCGAGAGAUGCCAAAAUCAUUUUUUCAAUAUUUUCUUACCCUCCCUAGUUUCCUUAGAUUGAAUCAGAUCAGUUAAAUAAUGAAGUUUGGUAGAACAGAUUUAUUUUCGAUUUUGCAAGAUGUAAAGCGCCAAGAGAAACGUACCAAGCUUAAGAAGAGGUGGUUUUUGGGCUUACAUAUAAAAAAUGGCGAGAGGAAGAAGUUGAAAGAAAUUCGCAAAACCAAGAGGUAUUUGCCCGAGUCUUUACUCAGAAAAGAUGAUCUAUUUUAUGAAGAGGCGAGAACUCACGUCAAACACGCCUUUGGAGCACCGUAUGUUGAAGGAGAGAAUUGUAUCCCUCAGGAUGAAAUGGAUUUUAUCCAAAUACCAAACUUAAAAAGGUUGAUUUUAUCAUGCCUCGAUAAUUUGACCACCAAGGGUCUAUACCUUCUUGCUAUGAUAGUUAGUGGUGACGCUGUCAAGUUUGAAAGAACUCGAGGUAAUUUGAAAAAUAUUAUCAAGGGUUCUCUUUCAAGUGUUCUGAGUAGCGAAAGACACAAUGACCAGCAACAACUGGAAACUCAUAAACAGAUUUUUCAACUUCUCAACAAUCCUCAGCAUUUUCAACAUAGGUGUGAGAUUUUACCUGGAUCUGGGUCCCAAUUUUAUCGUGCUUCUGUAGUAAAGGUGUUGUGUGGACUUGAAAAGUUACCAUCCGAAACCUUGAUUGCAAUGCGUAGAAAACUUAAAGGAAUUAAAGCACCGACGCCUCAGUUGAAACCGUUCAAACACGGAUGGACACGAGGCCAUCUAAUCAAGUUAGUGAAUAAAUUAUGUAGGAAGAUGCUUUCUCAACUUGAUAAAGGAAAUGAGAAUGAACAACAAAACCCAUUAGCCAAAGCCAUCUCAGUAGCAGACUUGUCACAAAAACUGAUAAUUGGUUUUGGUAGCAAGUUUUUAGAGGAAUUUUACCAGUUCUCGCCUGAAGUGAUGUCCCUGCAGAGUGAUAUUAUAAAUGCUAUAUGGUCUGUUGGGAAAAAGGAAGUAGUGCCAUUGCCAGUGCUAAGAGAUUUACAGCUUCUCAUAGAACCAACGACUACAAUAGCAAAUAAGAGCUUACGAACAGCUUUUGUAAAUCUUCUGACUGAAUUUCUUUUUGAGUGCAGUGAUAUGGAUAACACUCCAAAGUCUCUAUUGCAGGUCCUAGAUGUUGUCAAUAAGUGUUCUAAUAAAAGCACAUAUGAUGUAACAUUCCAGAAGAAGCAUAUUGAAGAAGAAGUUGACGGUAUACUAAGUGUGAGUGCUCAGACAAAUCAAAUUGUUCAAGAGUUGUUGCCAGACUGUAAAUUUGACCAGGACUUCAUGGAUGCUUAUAUGGAGCAAUCAGAAGAAAGUGAUGACAGUGACAGUGACAGUGACGGUAAUAAGGAUGAGGAUGACAAUCAAAUUUCUGACAAUAUACAAUUUAAAAUUGAAGCAGUUAACACAACAGAUUCAAACUACGAAGGAGAAAGUGUUGGUGAUUUUAUGCCAUUUGAGUUCCAUCCUUCGACCAUUAUGACUGAGGAAAAUAUUUUGAACAGCCCAUUUGCACCUGGUGAAAGGUUGAAAAGUGAUUCUGAAAAGCUUCAACCUAAGAACUGUAAUGACCAAUGCCAAGAAGAAAGCAUAGAGCAGCUGAGUACACCUAUGGCUGGGAAAAACUAUAAUUCUGAAGUUGUUUCACCUGACAAAGAAACAGGUGAAAAUAUUAAUGUCAAGAGACAUGAAUUUUAUGAAUCUUACACUAAAGUUGAUCCAAGAGAUGAAUCUAAUUUUUGCGACGAGACAAAACCCAUACCCACCAAGCACAGUGCACACAAGAACCAAUAUCUUGCUACCCAAGAUGCUUGUGAUAAGACCGCUAUGCUUGCAUAUAAUCUCAUAGGUCAUAUGUUGGAAGAGUUUGCUGUAACUGAAGGCCUAAACUUAGACAUGAUCAAGAGGUCAUACCUCAACCGUGAUAAGCAAAUUGAAGAAGCAAAAGAAACAAAAGAACAGUCAUCAUCUAGGAAACGCAAAAGAGAUUCGGAUCCGGCCAUUGUUGGAGCAAUUGAUGAGCUUAUUCCUUCCUUUCCAGAUAGUAGCAUGGAAAGGCUGAGGAUAUUGAUGGGCUCGUGAUAAUGGAACUCAAGCUUUCAGGUUCAACUAGAGAAGGGCAUUUUGAAAUGGUUUUGCAUUUUUGGAUAUAGUUCACCAAAUUAGGAGUUUUACAUUGUAAUUUAUAACCAUAUAGUUUUUCAAUUCUUUAAUUAAUAGCAAUUUUUAUAUUAAAUAGAACAAUUCUCUUCUGAUUAUUCAUAUAAUGGACAAAGCUUUAUCUUCAUACCACCA